AUGGCGGAGAAUGCAGAAGUUGAUGAGAGGGUGGAUCUUGACGACAAUUACAUGGAGGAAGAGGAUGAUGAUGUUGAAGAACAUCUAGAUGAGGACGGAGUGGAUGAUGGUGGUGAUGGAAAUGGGGAAGAAAAUGAUGAAGAAGAGUAUGGGGACUCCAAAUCUGGGGGGGAUGGAAAAGAUCAAUCAUCAGAAGUAGAAAGAAGCCACAUUGAAAUAGAGCACGUGGAAUAUGAAGAAAAGCCCGAGGCUUCUGUUAGUGAAGAAGAAAAAGAGAAGCAUGCUCAACUUCUUGCCCUGCCUCCGCAUGGUUCUGAGGUUUUCAUUGGAGGGCUUCCAAAGGAUGCCUCAGAAGAAGACAUGAGAGAAAUUUGUGAAUCAAUAGGAGAAAUUUUUGAGAUACGGUUAAUGAAAGACAAGGAAUCUGGUGAAAACAAGGGUUAUGCUUUUUUGGCAUUCAAAUCGAAACAAGUUGCACAAAAGGCAAUUGAAGAGUUGCACAGUAAAGAGAUCAGGGGUAAAACCAUAAGGUGUUCUCUCUCUGAAACUAAGAACAGAUUAUUUAUUGGUAAUGUUCCGAAGAGCUGGACUGAGGAUGAGUUCAGAAAUGUCAUUGAUGGUGUUGGUCCUGGAGUUGAAAAUAUUGAACUCAUAAAGGAUCCUCAAAAUACAAGCCGAAAUCGUGGUUUUGCUUUUAUCUUGUACUACAACAAUGCCUGCGCUGAUUAUUCUAGGCAGAAAAUGUCAAGUGCAAAUUUUAAGCUUGAUGGCAAUACCCCUACUGUCACCUGGGCUGAUCCAAAGAGUACACCUGAUCAUUCUGCUGCUUCGCAGGUGAAGGCUCUGUAUGUCAAAAACAUUCCUGAUAACACUUCUACUGAGAAACUAAAGGAAGUAUUUCAGCACCAUGGAGAAGUAACAAAAGUGGUUAUGCCACCUGGCAAGGCUGGGAAGCGGGAUUUUGGGUUUAUACAUUAUGCUGAACGGUCAAGUGCUUUAAAGGCUGUCAAAGAUACAGAGAAGUAUGAAAUAGAUGGCCAAGUCUUGGAGGUUGUCCUUGCCAAACCUCAGACUGAUAAGAAAACUGAUGCAGCAUACCCUUACAGUGCUGGGCUUCAUCCAAACCAUCUUCCGCAUCCUGGGUAUGGUGGUUUUACCGGAGCUUCAUAUGGUUCUAUAAGUGCCGGAUUUGGUGUUGCUACUAGUUUUCAGCAGCCAGUAAUAUAUGGAAGAGGGCCAAUGCCAGCAGGGAUGGCUAUGGUACCCAUGGUUCUACCAGAUGGCCGAAUAGGAUAUGUCCUCCAGCAGCCUGGAGUGCAGAUGCCAACCCCUCGUCCUCGAAGAGUUGAUCGGAGCAAUGGUCUAGGUGGACCAGCAGGGCGAGGUGGAAGUAGUGCUGGUGAUGAUGGCAACCGCAGUAGAAGGUAUCGACCCUACUAGUUUGUAGAAGUGUAGAGACAUGUUGUAGUUUUUUGAAAACAGGAGACAUUGUAGUUGGGUGACUGUUUAUUGGACAAAAAAUAACAAACUCCUUGGCCACCCUGCGUCUCUCUUUCACCCUCUCCCCCAGUUCAUCCCCACCCAAAAUCAAGAACAAGAAAAUUUGAAACAAUUAAAAAAAAAAAAGUUGGAAUCGGGAAAUUGGAGCAUCAUAUAGAACUUAAAUGCCUUUAGGAGAGGCAGUUGAAGUAUUGAUUGACAAGUUUUAGCUGUUAUUCGUGGUUUUGUUUUAUGGUCAUAUAGCAGGAAACAAAAGUUGGCCUUUGUUCCAAGGGCUGUACUGGCUCCAGUCCAUAAUCCAAGUUAAAAUCGAUUCCUUGUAAUUUUCUCGGUUUCAUGGAUGGCCGGGUUGGUUUUGGGUAAAUUUCAACUAAUUAUUUUAGUGCAGGCUGCUUCAUCUUUGUUUUCUUUUUCCUUCUGCUUCACCUUUUUCGCUUUUUGCUGGCUUGUCUUCUCUUUUAGAUCUUAAAGGAAAGAGGUCAGGCCUAAAAAAGUUAUUUCUGUAGCUAAAUUCCAUCAGUGACUCACGAUCUAGCCUGCUUGUUAGAUAAAAGAGACUGACUUUGGAAACAUUGAAAGUGCAGCAAACAAUGAGCAAACAGGACCAACUGAAAAUGAAAACAAACUUCAAUUAUUAUUGCUAAGAAAGAUUGUCAUCUGUGCUAGACUUAUUUUCCUCCAAUCAAGUCGAACUCCGAGAAUCCAGCAAAAGGAAAUCAUGUUCAAUGGCCAAACAAAAACAUGUUCCAAAUCACAAAACCCUCUAAGUGAGUCAAGCACAGCUAACAAAGAAAAGGACAUUCUGCAACUUGAAUUUCAAGUUUCAGGCCAAAAUUUUAGGAAUAGAUAUUUUGAAUGUUUAAACGGUAAUGACAGCUUGCAUAUAACUAUUGAAUUAUGCAAAGAUUAAAAAAAAAAAAAAAGAAAAAGAAAAAAGAAGCGUGAUUCAUGUGGUCUCUUCCAGCUCAUCCAACUCAAGACUCCACGCACUCUUUAUUUCCAAGGGCCUAGCAUUAGUGUAAUUAAUGCCAUCCUUUUCUCCAUGACCGGCAUCAGAUGUUACCAAUCCCUU